GAUGUCCCAGCUGGCACUCGCCAAUCAUAGGGGAAAGCUGACAGGGGAGACACCUACAUGCUGUUUUGUAUCUCCCUGCACAGCAGAGAGAUACAAGACAGCAUGUUUCCCUAGUAAAACACAGCACACAGUAAAAUACACACAGCACACAGUUAACCCUUUGAUCACCCCAGAUGUUAACCCCUUCCUGUCCAGUGUUAUUAGUACAGUGUCAGUGCUUUUUAUUAGCACUGAUCAUUGUAAAGUGUCACUGGGGAUGUCAGUGGCAGUUUGUCAGUUCCCACCCAGUGUCAGAAUGCCCACCGCAGUCCCGCUAUAA